AUGUAUAUUGAAGGCACUGGACAUACAGAGGGUGAGGGAUGCGAACAUGUAUUUUCCUCGUCAAACGAGCUUGCACGAAGCACUCGGCACGCUAACCCCUUUCAUCGACAUCAAUCAAUCGAGCAGCAUUUCGCAUUUUGGGAUGAUGAUAAAUAUGCGGCCCUGAGUAUCUUUCUACGGAAUCACUAUCGAGAGGCCUUGGCAGAUAUUCGAACUCUAACAGCAGAACUCUCUGCCAUUAAAGAUGCUCUUAACCUCACUGACGCUGACUUCACUCGUUUUCAUGCACAAGAGCGCAAAUAUCUCGAUGAGCUGAAACAGACACCGGUGAAGGAUCAUCUCAGUAUCCGCUACAUCGGUGUACUUGAUGAACUUACCGAGCACCAACGAGAAUGGGACUUAGCUCGAGAAGCAGCAAAUCGCUCGCUCGUUGAAAUUCACACUGACAGCUUGAAUGAUAUGCAUGUUGCUCUCAACCAAGCUCGGGUCCGAGUGGAUAUGGCAUACUCCAAGCUCCAGAACACGGAAGGUUCAGCAGCUCAUUUGGAGACUCAGCUCGGUAUUGACAAACAGUGGGAGAUCGGAAAAGAAGCCUCACUCCUGAAGUAUUGUUCAGCGCUUGAUGAUCUGGAGUGCCUUGUCGUCAUGCGCUUAUUUGAGUUAUCAAAACUUUCACUAUCUGGCACAGGUAAUUGA